CUGCUAGAAACCUGUCGCGUGAGGUUCGUUCGGGUUGGAAGCUACGAGUCUGUGUCUGUCUGUCUGUAUAAGCUCCGGAAUCUUAGUAGAAAUAAGUAUGUUCUGGCGGUUUAGAGUGAUUCGAGCAUUUAUUCAAAUUAUAAAGAACAAAUAGGUGGAAUUGUAUGAAUAUAUUUAAAAUGAGCGACAACAACACUCCAAGAAGAGAACGACUGUACUAAUUUUAUAAACCACGAUAUCGUCAUAGCUAUUUUAAACUGUGGUUGGAGGAAAAAAAAAAAGUGAUUCCAAAGCAAGAUUGUCAAAAGCUGAAAACAAACGAAAAAUUGGUGUAGUUAUUUUUUUCUGUGGAAAGAUAAUAAUAAUAGUAGUAACCAACUGAAAACAAUUUCUAGGAGUAGUCAAAGAAGUUAUACCCAGCUUCGAAGAAAUGAAGAGGUGGCUUAAAAUCGUAUUAUUUUUAUCUGUAACGUUUUUUACCACGUUGUUGGUCAGGGCACUGGAAGCAAACAUUGAGGUGGACUGCCGCAGCGAUCACGAAAACAUUGUUGUUGUCAUUCGGACAAACCUGCCUUUCUUUGGAAUGGCCUAUGUUACCAGAAGUCACAAAGACCAACGAUGCGUUAUUCACGGUAAAGGCAAUACUACUUUGUACAUGAAGAUUCCUUUCAGAGGCUGCAAUACUACUCAGGAUGAGGACGGCCUCUUCAUGAACAGGAUAAGGGUUCAGCAUCAUAAGUUAAUAGUGAGUGCAGGAGAUGGCGAGUAUGACGUAGGUUGCCAGAUGUUUCACGGUGAUCUUAGAAUAGGCACUGACCAUGAUAUGAAAAUCGAAGAACUGCCAAAAAACACUUCUUCGGUUACGACUAAUUCUUCCACUGCACCACAAGUUCUGCUUCGUAUUUAUGACUUUGAGAAUGAUGCUUUCGUCAACACUGUGGGUCUUGGCCAAAUUGUAGAGCUGGAAAUCACCAUAACAAACGGACGAUUACACCAGGGAAGAGUAUCUGAUUGCGAUGCCUACGGUGGCGAUGGAAGAGCCUUUGCAAUUAUCAGGAACUUGUGA